GUUCAGAUUUCUUGACUUCAUUUUCUUUCUCUUGUCGUUUCCCACAGCAGCUUGUAAGAGAAGACAAGACAAUACAGAAUCACCAUUCUUACGAUGUAGUAUUUACCAGUGACCACUAGAUGUCAGCUCAUCAACAGUGUAUCUAAUGCGGGUUCUGUGGCCGCUAGGUGGUAGCUCUGCACCAGGAUUUCCUCCUCCCAGGUCGUCGACACAACAAACCGAACUACGGAGCAAGCGGGGUGAGAGAACGUCCGAAACCGCCUCUGACCGCGACUUUUAAACUCUUUUUACAGAAUUGUAGUGGAAUUCAGACGGAGGCUGUACAAGAAUAGUAAAAGUUCUGCCGGGCCUGCAUUUCACAACAAGGUCACAUGCAACCUGUCCCUGUCUUGUAUUUUCUGAGGAUCUCAAGCCAGUCAUAAGUUGGAGUUAUCCAGAAGAUGUUACAGAAAUGAUAGCAGCACCAGAAAUACCAUCAGAGUUCUCCUUUACUCAGGAUACAGACACCCGAUUCUCUUCAGACACAGACUUCUCUGAGGAUCUCGAUGGAAGGAGUGCAACCCCAGCUAAAGGAAAGGGUGGGAAGAAGGGGAAGAAGGCAGCAGGGGAGAAAGGCAAAGGAGGGAAGGGAGCAGGUCGGAUAAAUGGCCACCACCAGGAGAAUGGCAUGGAAAACAUGAUGCUGUUUGAGGUGGUGAGGCUGGGCAGGAGUGCAAUGCAGUCUGUCGUUGAUGACUGGAUUGAGUCUUACAAACAUGACAGGGAUGUUGCGCUACUAGAUCUCAUCAAUUUCUUCAUCCAGUGCUCGGGAUGUAAAGGUGUCGUCAGUGGAGAAAUGUUUCGAAACAUGCAGAACUCUGAGAUCAUCCGACGAAUGACAGAAGAAUUUGAUGAGGACAGUGGUGACUACCCUCUAACCAUAGCAGGACCCCAGUGGAAAAAGUUCAAGUCAAGCUUUUGUGAAUUCAUUUCAGUGCUAGUGCGCCAGUGUCAAUACAGUAUCAUCUAUGAUGAGUACAUGAUGGACACAGUCAUCUCCCUUCUCACUGGACUAUCAGACUCCCAAGUCCGAGCCUUCAGACACACCUCAACACUGGCAGCCAUGAAGCUGAUGACAGCCCUGGUGAAUGUAGCUCUGAACUUAAGCAUCAACAUGGACAACACUCAGCGACAGUAUGAGGCAGAGAGGAACAAGAUAGUGGCCAAAAGGGCUAAUGACAGACUGGAGCUGCUUUUGCAGAAACGCAAAGAGCUCCAAGAAAAUCAGGAUGAGAUUGAAAAUAUGAUGAAUGCAAUAUUCAAAGGAGUGUUUGUUCACCGAUAUCGUGACGCGAUAGCAGAAAUCAGGGCAAUCUGUAUAGAAGAGAUUGGAGUGUGGAUGAAACUCUAUAGUGAUGCCUUCCUCAACGACAGCUAUCUGAAGUAUGUGGGAUGGACGAUGCAUGAUAAGCAAGGUGAGGUACGUCUGAAGUGUCUGACAGCUCUGCAGGGUCUCUACUACAACAGAGAACUCAAUGCAAGACUGGAACUCUUCACCAGUCGCUUCAAGGACCGUAUUGUCUCCAUGACUCUUGACAAAGAGUAUGAUGUUGCAGUUCAAGCAAUUAAACUACUCACUCUUGUAUUGAAUAGUACGGAUGAGGUGUUGACACCUGAGGACUGUGAGAGUGUCUAUCACUUGGUCUACUCGGCACACAGGCCUGUCGCCAUUGCAGCUGGAGAAUUCCUCUUUAAGAAAUUGUUCAGCCAGCGAGAACCAGAGGAGGAAGGUGCCCCCAAGAGGAGAGGUAGACAAAGCCCCAACGCCAACCUCAUUAAGACCACUGUCUUCUUCUUCCUGGAGAGUGAGCUCCAUGAGCAUGCAGCCUACCUAGUUGACUCUCUCUGGGAAUGUGGUGCAGAGCUACUGAAGGACUGGGAGUGUAUGAUUAGCUUACUGCUAGAUGACCCAUUGCCAGGAGAGGAAGCUCUUACAGACAGACAAGAGACAGCCUUGAUUGAAAUCAUGCUGUGCACUGUACGCCAGGCUGCUGAAUGCCACCCACCUGUUGGAAGGGGCACAGGAAAGAGGGUGAUGACGGCUAAGGAGAAGAAGACUCAGCUGGAUGACAGAACCAGAAUGACAGAGCUGUUUGCUGUGGCUUUGCCCCCUCUACUGGCCAAGUAUGCUGUGGAUGCAGAGAAGGUGACUAACUUGUUGCAACUGCCUCAGUACUUUGACCUGGAAAUUUAUACCACAGGACGUCUAGAGAAGCACCUGGAAUCCCUGCUGCGUCAGAUCAGGGAAAUUGUGGAGAAGCACACAGACACUGAAGUUUUGGAGGUCUGCUCCAAGACUUACCAUGCCCUCUGCAAUGAGGAGUUCACAAUCUUUAACAGGGUGGAUAUUGCCCGCUCACAGCUGCUGGAUGAGCUGGUGGACAAGUUCAACAGGCUACUGGAGGAUUUUCUACAAGAGGGUGAAGAGGCUGAUGAAGAUGAUGCUUAUCAGGUUUUGUCAACUCUAAAGAGGAUCACAGCUUUUCACAAUGCACAUGACCUGUCGGGGUGGGACCUGUUUACCAGCAACUUCAAGCUGCUCAACACAGGCAUAGAGAAUGGAGACAUGCCUGAGCAGAUAGUCAUCCACUCCCUGCAGUGUACCCACUAUGUGAUCCUGUGGCACCUGGCCAAGUCAUCUGAGGGCAGCUCCAGAAAGGAUGACAUGGUGACCCUGAGGAAGCAGAUGAGGGCAUUUUGUAUGAUGUGUCAACGCUACCUCACCAAUGUCAACACAGCCGUCAAAGAACAGGCAUUCACCAUCCUAUGUGAUCUCCUGCUCAUCUUCAGCCACCAGAUGGUGUCUGGAGGCAGGGAACACCUGGAGCCUCUGGUCUAUUCCCCAGAGGACUCGCUGCAGUCAGAACUGCUCUCUUUCAUCUUGAAUCAUGUCUUCAUAGACCAGGACGAUGACACAAAUAGCACAGAUGGGCAACAGGACGAUGAGGCAGUAAAGAUUGAAGCUCUGCACAAGAGGAGAAACCUCCUUGCUGCCUACUGUAAAUUGAUCAUCUACUGUGUGGUAGACGAUGAAUUUUUUUUUUUUUUUUUUUUUUGGGAAAAAAAAAAAUUUUUUAAUUUUUUUUUUUUUUAUUACAAUGACUAUGGUGACAUCAUCAAGGAGACUAUGAGUAAGACUCGGCAAAUCGACAAAAUUCAAUGUGCCAAGACACUCAUCCUCAGUCUGCAGCAGCUGUUCAAUGAAAUGCUGUCUGAACUGGGUCAUGGGUUCGAUCGCUCCUCCUCUUCAUUCUGUGGAAUCAAAGAGUUGGCCCGACGUUUUUCUCUAACCUUCGGUCUCGACCAAGUCAAAACAAGGGAUGCUAUCGCUAUGCUGCACAAGGAUGGUAUCGAGUUUGCAUUUAAGGAUCCUAGUACCCAUGGAGAUGGAGGCCCUCCCCUUAACCUGGCUUUCUUGGACAUUCUCAGCGAGUUCUCCUCCAAGCUUAUGAGACAAGACAAGAGGACUGUCCACAUGUACCUGGAGCGCUUCAUGACGUUCCAGAUGGCACUGCAGCGAGAGGACUGCUGGCUCCCCCUCAUCUCCUACAGGAAUUCCUUGCAGGCUGGUGGUGAUGACGAUACCAUGUCAGUGAUGAGUGGCUACUCCAGCAGAGGCUCCUCCAUCCGCUCCAAGAAGAUCAAGCCUCCUGCUGCUACAGCUGGAACUUCAGCAGCCAAGAGGAAGCUGCCAGAAGAGGAGAGCAGCAGCAGCAGCGAGGUGUGGCAGCAGAGCAUGCAGACCCCAGUAAUGUUGCCGUCCCCCCACCUCACCUCCACUGCCAUGCGAGACCCUAAGAGGGGUCGUGAUGACAGCUUCAUGGGGGUCUACCCCCUCCCCCACGACCAGCAGCAGCCCCACCAACACCCACAGCACCAUCAACAGACGCCUCAGCACCACCAAACACCUAUGGAUUACAAUUCCCAGGUGACGUGGAUGCUGGCUCAAAGACAGCAAGAAGAGGCACGCCAGCAGCAGGAGAGAGCUAUGAACUACGCCAAGCUCAGAACCAAUCUGCAGCAUGCUAUUCGUCGCGGUACUGGGCUCAUGGAGGAAGACGAAGAGCCGAUUGUGGAGGAUGUGAUGAUGUCAUCUGAGGGUCGUAUGGAUGACCUCAAUGAAGGCAUGGACUUUGACACCAUGGACAUUGAUCUGCCACCCUCAAAGAACCGUCGUGAAAGGUCUGAGCUCAAGCCAGACUACUUUGACCCUGCUUCUAUCAUGGAUGAAUCGGUCCUUGGGGUGUCAAUGUUUUAAGCUAAUAUCCAGAUGAUUUUGACGCUGGGAUAACAGAAGAGGCGCUUUGUAUUUAAAGAGAAUUUUAGAUGCGAAAACAAAAGUGUUUUCUGUAAGAAAAAGCAAAAAAAAAAAAAAAAUUCUGGCUUGUACUCCACGUGGACCAAUGACAACCCACACUCAGUGUUGCUUGCUCAGAGAGGACAUUGUUUCAAAUAUUUACUUUUAUAAUCUUGGGUAAGUAACAGGCCACAUCCAAACCUAUUAGAAAUGAGACAUGUCUGAAGAGAAAUCCAUAAUAGCUUCUUCUUUUUUUUUUUUUUUUUUUUCCCUUUUUUUUUUUUUUAUUUUUUAUUUUUUUUAACUGGGGAUGAAUUGGUGUGUUUAACUUAAAAUACAUUUUUUGUUUAUGUCUAACCCUUUUUACAAUUGUAGUAAGUUACCAGGUGUGAAGUAGUAAUUUAUAAACCGACUGUAGUAGCUUGCUUGUACUGUGUUAGCCAAGUGGAUGGAGGUCUUUUUGUUUCUGUGCUCCUUUUUUGUUUUUUCUCUCUCCCUCUAUCUCUAAAGUUUCUUCUCCCUGUUGUUGGGCCUGAUUUGAGGUCCUGGUAACCACUGGUGGUUAAGAUGCUGAGGUGUCCCAUAGAAUCAGUCAUGAUCCCUUUCUGCUGUGAAGAUUCCCAGAGUCCACUGAACGCUCCACACUGUUAAGCAGUAAAUCCUAGAUCUUACCCCAAGAUUUGGACCACUCCUUAACCUCCAUCUACUAGAGAAAUGUGUCUUGAUGACCACCCCCCCAAAAAACAAAAAAAACAAAACAAUGAGCAGAUUUUUUUUUCUCUCCCAGUAGUGCCACUGUGUGGGCUCUGGCAGAUAGCAGCUCAGUCAAAGAAUGACACAUCUUUCUCUCUUAAAAUCCAGCAGCAUAAUGUUGAAAUGGGUAUCUCUACAUUUUAAAUAAAAGUUAUAUAUGAAUCGGUGCUGAUUUUAUAUAUGUGCUUUUGGUUUUCUUAUUUUCAACUUUUCAAUCUUCAGUCACAAAGUUUGAGAAAUGUAAGUACAAAAAAAUAAUGAAAGCAUGUGAAGCCAUGCAUCAAGGAAGAUUUUUAAAUUUGUAUUUUUAUGUUUUGUUUUUUUUUGUCUUGAUAAUGUCUUCGGGUUUCUACCUUUUUUCCUACGUGUAAAUUAGUUUGGAUAAAACUAAUGAAAAGACUUGUGAAAUUCAGCUUUAAGGUUUUCUCAACAUAAAAAGGUCCUGUCACAAAAUACUUAAAAGAUUUCAAAUGUUAAAAUUGAAAGGUAGUCAUUCAGACAAUACUGAAGAUGAAA